CUGGCAGGUGCUUAGGUGCAGCCAGUGCAGUGAGAGGAUGGGACAGCAAGUCAGGUUGGCAAUGAAGGGACAGCUCUCCAAUCCGGUGCUGUGGCUUCUUCUCCUCACAAUUCAGGACAUAGCAGGUGCUGAUGACCUGAGGCUGGCGGAUGGAGGCAGCCCCUGUGCCGGGAGAGUGGAGGUUAAACACCAGGAUCAGUGGGGGACCGUGUGUGAUAACAACUGGGACAUGGAAGAUGCCGAGGUGGUUUGUAAGCAGCUGGGAUGUGGAUCUGCUGUCAGUGCCCCAGAUCGGGCUCAUUUUGGACAAGGAUCUGGACCGACUUGGCUGUAUCUAGUGGAUUGUGUUGGUGACGAGUCAGCUGUCUGGGACUGCAGUCAUAGAGGAUGGGGUGCAGGACAGUGCCGUCAUUAUUAUGAUACUGCAGUGAUCUGCUCAGGACACAUUAAGCCCCGUCUUGUUGGAGGAGACGGCGCCUGCUCAGGACGUGUGGAGAUAAAACAUGGAAACACGUGGACCAGAGUCUGUGAUGCACAUUUUGAUCUCAAAGUUGCCAACGUUAUCUGUAAUGAACUACAGUGUGGAAUAGCUGUAUCUAUCCCAGGAGGAGGUCACUUUGGAGAAGGACAAGGUGAGAUCUUGACUGAAGAAUUCCAGUGUGUGGGGAAUGAGUCUUUCCUGUUCUCCUGUUCCAGGAUAUCACAAGUGAAUCAGACGUGCUCACACAUAAAUGAUGCUGGUGUCACAUGCUCAUGGUUCCAGCUGGUGAACGGCAGCACAGCGUGCUCAGGGUGGGUGGAGAUCCAGGUUCUUGGUGCCUGGGGAACCCUCUGUGACUCACACUGGGAUUUACCAGAUGCCAACGUUCUCUACCAUCAGCUCGACUGCGGAUUCGCUGUAUCAGCUUCAGGAGAAGAAUAUUUUGGGAAGGGAACUGGCUUUGUCUGGACAGACACAUUUCACUGUAAAGAGACUGCCCAUUUGGGCCAUUGCCAUGUUACUACUCUGGGGGCCUCUUGGUGCUCACAUGACAAUGAUGCCAGUGUGGUUUGUUCAGGUCGCUCUGAAUCACUCAGACUGCUGAAUGGAGAGAGCCGGUGCGAUGGGAGAGUCAAGAUUUCCCUCCGUCAUGUGUGGGGCAGAGUGCUGGAUGACCAGUGGGACAUGAGUGAUGCCAGUGUGGUGUGCAGGGAACUCCAGUGCGGAGUCGCUGAGAAAGCUUAUAACCCCCCUAAGUCUGAGCAAGGAACCGGCCCCAUGGGGCUAAGAAAUGUCCAAUGUGCAGGAAAUGAGACUCGUCUGACUCUCUGUGACAAUUCCACAUCUGAGGCAGACCAGACAGGAAUUUCUGAGGAUGUUGGUGUCGUUUGCUCAGGGAGCAGGAGGAUCAGACUGGUGAAUAGGACAGGUAGCUGUGCCGGGAGAGUGGAGAUUUAUUACAAUGGCAACUGGGGGACAGUCUGUGAUGAUUCCUGGGAUCUGUCAGACUCCAAUGUCAUUUGCAAACAACUGGGAUGUGGACGUGCCAUCAAUGCAACAGUCUCUGCUCAUUAUGGGCAAGGAUCCGGGCAGAUCUAGCUGGAUGAUGUGAAUUGUUCUGGGAACGAAUCUGAUCUCUGGGCAUGUCCUUCCAGAGGCUGGGGCCAGCACAACUGCAGACACAAAGAGGACACGGGAGUUCUCUGCUCAGAAUUCACGGAUCUGAGGCUGGUAAGAGACAGUGACUGUGCUGGGCAGCUGGAGGUUUUCUACAAUGGGGCAUGGGGCAGUGUUUGCUCCAAUGGGAUGUCUGGAGUCACAGCAGCAACUGUCUGCAAACAGCUGAACUGUGGAGACAGAGAGUAUAUUGCAGGAGGCUCUGAAUAUGGAAAGGGUCCCCUGUGGCUGGACCACGUUGCAUGCAGUGAGCAGCACAGCUCCCUCUGGCAGUGCCCAUCAGACCAAUGGAAUCCAAAGUCAUGUGAUAACCGAGCAGAAGAGACCCCUAUUUCUUGUGCUGGAAAAAAAGCAAAACCAACUCAAAACCCGUUCACCGAGUGCCCAAACUCUAUGAGCUGCACAGAUCAGGAAAAGUUAUGUGUUGUGGGAGGAGAGGACAGAUGCUCGGGCAGAGUGGAGAUUUGGUACCGUGGCUCCUGGGGAACAGUUUGUGGUGACUCCUGGGACAUGGUGGAUGCUAAUGUUGUGUGUAAGCAACUGGGCUGUGGAUCUGCUGUAUCUGCCCUAGGUGAGGCUGCAUUUGGUGAGGGGACUGGUCCCAUCUGGGUGGAGAUGCUGAAUUGCAGAGGGACAGAGUCAUCUCUCUGGGACUGUCCUGCCAAGCCCUGGGGUGAGAGUAACUGUGACCAUAAGGAAGAUGCUGCUGUGAAUUGCUCGGGUGUGACAGAGAGGACAGAUUCUCCGAAUACCCCAGCUCCCCCGUGCCGCCUUCAGACUGACAGUGGGACAGUCAUGGUGCCCGUGGUCAUCUGCAUUAUCCUGGGGGCCCUGCUCUGCCUGGUCUUAAUCAUCCUAGGGGUGCAGGUGCGAAGUGACAGGGCACAGCGCAGAGGCUCCAGAAGACCCUUGGAUCCCUUCUCUGAGGCUGUGUACGAGGAGAUUGAUUAUAACCUGAUGAGAGAGAAGCAGGAGAUGUUCAGUCGCUCAGUCUCCUAUUCAGAUGACUCAGUGAUAAAGCUGCAGUAUUACACCAGGGACAGCAAGGGAGAAAACAAUCCUGGAUCAGUACAAGAGGGAGCUUCCCUGGGGUGGUCUCAACUGGUUUACAAUAAUGUGGAGGAACCUACCUUGAACGAUGUCCCCCAGACUCCAGACGGCCGAGAUGCCCCUACCCUACCUGGAGAUGGUUAUGAUGAUGCCAGAGAAGUGUCUGACACUGAAGAUGACCCUGGUUUGGGACAGAAUGAUGAGGAAGGAACUGAGGUGAGUGACAGGAACAAAGAUUCACAGACAUGCUGGAGUCUGCACUCUCUAAGGAAUGAAGGUGUCUCUGUGACAGAGAAAGAAACCCUGUUUCUGUCUCCUGGAGACACAAGUUAUGAUGAUGUGGGACAUAGUGACUCUGGGGGAUCAGUAUCAGAACAAUGUGAUUGGACCAAAUAA